AAAGUUUUAAAGUAAAUAUUAAUAAUACUUUUGCACUGUUUUUUGUUUAUUGGUGAAAUAGAGAAAGGUAAAGAUAUUUCUGACAAUGGCUGAGUUAACACCUGUCCAGGACUUUUACAAGGAUAAAACGGUCUUCAUCACCGGUGCUUCUGGUUUUAUGGGCAAAGUGCUACUGGAGAAAUUAUUGUAUUCAUGUGUUGCUCUGAAAGAGAUCAUUAUAAUCAUACGACCGAAACGGGGGAAAACGCCAGAAACUCGUCUCGAAGAGAUGUUUAAAUUACCGAUUUUUCAACGCAUUAAAGAGGAACGACCAAAUGUUUUAAAAAAAGUGAGCAUUUAUCAGGGCGAUGUGACAUUUGAAUCAUUGGGCUUAAGUGGUGAAAAUCUUAAGUAUAUUGUCGAUAAAACUAAUAUUGUUUUUCAUUUGGCUGCUACCCUUAAAUUGGAAGGCAAUUUAAAGGAUGCGAUCGAUAUGAAUCUAUCAGGCACUCGUCGCACUUUAAAUUUAGCAAAACAAAUGAGAAAUUUGGAAGCCUUUGUGCACGUGUCAACCGCAUUUUGUAAUUGCGAUCAAGAAGUUAUGUACGAGAAAAUUUAUGAUUUCCCACAUAAGCCGGAAGAUUUGAUGCGUUUGGCCGAAUGGAUGGAUGUGAAGACGUUAGAUGCGAUAACACCAGAUUUACUAAAACCACAUCCGAAUACUUACACGUAUUCGAAACGUUUAGCUGAGUUAUUAGUACGCGAUCAUUAUGAUCGCUUGCCGGUAAUCAUAGCUCGUCCGAGUAUCGUAACGCCAGCCCUUCAGGAACCGUUGCCCGGUUGGGUAGAUAAUAUGAAUGGUCCAACGGGUGUCUUAAUUGGAGCCGGUAAAGGUGUUAUACGUUCCAUGUUAUGUAAUGGUGCUUUGAAAUCGGAAAUCAUACCAGUUGAUACAGCCGUCAAUGCUUUGGUUUUAUUGCCAUUUUAUUUUAAUAAUAUUAAAGAAAAACCGGCUCAGCUGCCAGUUUUUAAUAUAACUAUACCCGAAGUAAAAAAACGCACUUGGCAAUGGAUUAUGGACAAGGGCAAAGAUUUCGGUAUGGAAUACCCUUUCGAAGUCGGCUUAUGGUAUCCAGAUGGAAACAUAACUACGAAUAAAUUUUAUCAUUGGAUUUGUGUUAUCUUAUUUAUGUGGCUUCCGGCCGUUUUAAUCGAUUGUCUGUUAUUUAUUUUUGGUCAAAGAAGAUUCAUGAUUCGUGUUCAAAAACGUAUAGCAAUCGGCUUAGAAGUUUUACAAUUCUUUACAACUCGGUCAUGGGAUUUUAAAUCGAAUAAUUUUCGGGAGCUCGAAAAGCCGUUAGAUUCUGAAGACCGAAAGAUAUUCCGUAUCAAUAUCGAUGAUGCUGAUGAUGAGCAAUAUUUGCUUAACGGUAUAUUGGGAGGUCGCCAGUAUGUUAUGAAAGAACCGUUGUGUACGUUGCCACGUGCGCGAACGCACUUAAAAUUUAUGUUCGCCUUAGAUCGUUUGUGUAAAACGCUAAUCUUUGUUUCGUUUCUUUAUUGGCUUUCGCUUAAAUCAGGAAUUCUAAGUUUCUUAAAGGACAUUUUGGAAUAUUAAAAUUGUCACUUUUGGGAUUUUGUUAUUUUUUUUAUGUUGUUUUCUGCAGCAAUAAUAGUUUUAUAUGCCUUUCAGGUGUAUAUACGUGUAUACUUAUUGUUAAUUAAAAUUUGCAAUUGUUAUUUUGUUAGAUGUGUAAGGUGAAUGGAUUUAUGAUAUUAGCCAAUUUCCACAUAAUUUUCGUUAAGCCAAAAGGAACGAAAUGU